AUGGUUUAUACGAUUGUCGUCCACCUACGGGCCAAGCCCGACGAGGAAUCCAUUUCCAAGCUGCACGCGAAGCUCCUCGAAGCCUCGGCUGUGUACUCGAAAGAUCACGAGACCCUCUCGUGGUUUGUCAUGCAGUCAGUCCAUGACAAGCAAGAUUUUACCAUCGUCGAACGCUACCUGAAUGAGGGUUCGCAGAAAUAUCACCUGGAGAAUCCGUACUGGAAAACCUUUGAUCCCUAUGUCAUACCCCUCUUGGAAAAGGAAAUGGACCUGAGGAGGUUUGAGGAGCUGUAA